UGAUCCUCAAAAGUCAAAAGCAAUCCUCUAGAAAGUCAAGUCUAGCAAAUUGCAGCAGAAAAGUCAACUAGACGAAAUUUCAUUGUAGCUUCGUGGAAACUUAGGUGGGAAUUAAAUUUGGGGCCACAUUCAAGGAGAGAGAUUUUUGUUUUGUUAAAAAUCAACUCUGCCAAAGACACCGAAAAUUUCAACAAAAAAGAGAGAGAAUGAGUUUCACAUUCAUGGCCAGAAAAAAAAGAAACAUAGAAAGAGAGAGAGCGUUUCUUGAAAAUGGAAGCAUGGUACUGGAGAAGCUAAUUGUCUCUUGUAAUGGCAGACCUACUCCUAUACGUAGUUUCUCUUGUGAAGAAAUUGAGAGGGCAACAAAUAACUAUGAUCCUUGCCGAAUCUUUCACAGAGAUUUGUUGUAUGAAUGGUACAAUGGUUCUUUUGAAGGCCGAAUGGUUUCCAUUAAGAAGUACAUAAAAAAAUUCGAGGAAGCUGUCUUCACCGAUAUAGCUAUUUCUGCAAAGAUGAGCCCUCACAAUAAUGUUCUAAGGCUCAUAGGGUGCUGUCUCGAGACUCAAAUUCCCACUUUAGUGUAUGAAUCUGCAGCAAAUGGAUCGCUUGCUUAUCGAUGGGGGGUAUCCAAUUCUAGUCUUAAUGGAGAACAACAACAGCGUGAGCCCAUGGCAUGGCAGAGCAAGUUAAAGAUUGCUAGAGAAAUUGCUCAUGCAAUUGCUUAUCUCCACACUGCGUUCUCAAGACCCAUCAUUCACAGGGACAUUAAACAGGGAAAUAUCUUUUUAGACGAACAUGAUGUUGCCAAACUAACUGAUUUUUCAGAGUCGAUAUCAAUCCCCGAAGGUGAAACUCACAUAGUAGAUAGGCAUGUGAUUGGGUCUCGUGGGUUUGUAUGCCCCCAUUAUGCUACCACGCUCCGUAUAACGGAGAAAAUUGAUGUCUUCAGCUUCGGAUCAUUUCUAUUAGAGCUUACAACUGGACAGAGGAUAUAUCAUCUAGCAAAAACAGCCGAUGAUGAAGGUGUGGAAUUAGAAGAUUACAUAGAAAACGUAACUAUAAAUGAGAUUGUGAAUUUAGCAAUCCAGGCAGGGGAAAGAGGAGCUGUUGUGGAGCAACAAGCACAGGCUGCUGUGAAGCUUGCCCUCCUAUGCAGAGAAAAGGAUCCGGAGAUAAGGCCAAAUAUGGUUGACGUCACAAAAGAACUUAGAAAGAUUGAGAGGGGAAGGAGGAUCUGUUGUGUGGCAACAACUACAAGCUGUAUUACAGCUGGCCCACAUAUGCAGAGAAAAGUAUCCAGAGAUCAGGCCUAAUACGUUUGAUAUUACAAAAGAACUCAGAAAAAUUGAGAGGUUCAAGAAUCUAUCCUUGAAUAAACCUUCAAAUUCUAUAGUUGAAAUUAUAUUAUUUGAGUUUAUUAGAAUGCAUCUUUUUAUUUCUAAACUUAUAAAAAUUAGAUUUACCAACUUUUUAUUACUACACCACACCAUAGACUAUUUAGAUUUUAUCAAUAAAUUACAAAUAAUAACUUGAUAUCUUAUGAGCUUAUUUAUAAACUUGCACAA